AUGCCGACGCAGGCGCGUGCCUUCCACGCCACCGUCCUCCGAACGCAACAACAGCCGCAAUCGUCGUCCUCGUCGUCCUCGUCGUCCUCUACACCACCGCCGCCGCCGUCAGAAGAACAAUCCAAGAAGGCUGAGGCGCAGGCAGGCGCCAAGGAGGGUGCCGCCGCCGAGGAGCAGCAGAAGACCGAGAAGGAGGCCAAGGACGGCCAGGAGGGUGAAGGCAAGGAGGGCGAGGGCAAGGGGGGUGAGGGCGAGGAUGGCAAGGCCAAGGAGGACAAUGAGGCCGCGCCGCCACCGCCGCCCCACGGCGACAAGACCCCGUGGCAGGUCUUUUUGGAGACCAUGCAGUCCGAGUUCAAGCAGUCCAAGGAGUGGAACGACUCCACCAAGGCCUUGGCCGAGGGCGCCCACCAGUUCACCGAGAGCGAGUCUGUGCAGCGCGCACGCAAGGCCUACGAGGCGACCUCGGGCGCCGUCUCCUCCACCGCGUCCACGGUGAUCAAGUCCACCGCCACCACCAUCGGCAAAGGUGCCGCCUGGACCUGGGAGACGCCCGUCAUGAAGGGCGUGCGCGCCGGCGCCAACGCGACCGGCGAGGUGCUCGACAAGGCCACCAAGCCCAUCCGCGAGACCGAGGCCUACAAGAACGUCAAGGACGUCAUUGACGACGGCAGCAGCUCGCGCUACGGCGGCUGGGCCGACAAGGAGGAGCGCCGCCAGCGCCGCGAGAAGUGGCGCGCCGCGCAGGGCGCCAACGGGGCCCCCGAGGUCUUUGAGGAAAACCCGGACGCAGGCACCAACGUCACGGUGCACAAGGACGCCGCCUGGAAGGAGGCGUGGCGCGGCUUCAAGGACUCGAACAAGGUGGUCCAGGGCUUCUUCAGCAUGAAGGACGUCUACAACGAGUCGGAGAACCCCCUGAUCUCGACGGCCCGCAGCAUCACGGACCGAGUGGCCGGCUUCUUUGCCGAGAACGAGACCGCCAUGGUCAUCAAGAAGCUGCGCCAGAUGGACCCGGCCUUCCAGCUCGAGCCGUUUCUGCGCGAGCUGCGCGAGUACAUCCUGCCCGAAGUGCUGGAUGCCUACGUCAAGGGCGACGUCGAGACGCUCAAGCUGUGGCUGUCCGAGGCCCAGUACUCGGUCUACGAGGCCCUGACCAAGCAGUACCUGACGGCCGGCCUCAAGUCGGACGGCCGCAUUCUUGACAUCCGCCACGUCGAUAUUCUCAAGGCCCGCAUGCUCGAGCCCGGCGAGAUCCCCGUGUUCAUCAUCACCUGCCGCACGCAGGAGGUGCACGUCUACCGCCAGGUCAAGACGGACGAGCUGGCGGCCGGUAUGGAGGACAAGGUGCAGCUGGUGACGUACGCCAUUGGCAUUACGCGCGUGCCCGAGGACGUCAGCAACCCCGAGACACGCGGCUGGCGGUUGAUUGAGAUGCAGAAGAGCGGCCGCGAUUACAUCUAA